AUGACUGCCGUCGCGAGUGCACCCGUGAUGAGCAAUCGCGAUUCCGGCACCGAGACGGGCACGGAACACAGCCCAUCUCGAUUUACGGCGGUGAACGGUAGAGACUCGACAGCCUCGGCUGCGGGGGCAAACCCCAGCCCCGGUGCACAGAUGAAUAGCGGGGGUCGACACGCUCCGUCCGGUGCGAAUGAGAACCAAGAUGCAUCCCCCCGGGAGAACCUCAGUCAGUCCCAGAGGUCAUCGCCAAUCGCUCUCGCUCAUAAGCGCAAGCGUUCAGGGUCCGGAGAACCGGAUUCCCAUGACGCAGACGGCUACGGGCGAGGCUCUAUACCGCGCUCGGGAGAGGCUCCGCCUAUCUCGAACGACGCUCGUUCUUCGUCGGCCUCGGAAGUCGAGGCGGGCAGUGCGGCGAUUGCCUCCGGUCGAUCCGAUACGAAUGAGCCAUCUCAGCCGCCUUCGAGUGGCCCCUGGUCCGAUUACGAAUCGCGCCUCAUCAACCAGGCUCAACGAGCACAGCAGAUCGAUCCCUCGGAUGCACAAUUAGCGGAUGUGCUACAGCGUGAAGCACAGGGUCAGGAUCCACGGUCCCUCGGUCGUCCUGCACUGUCUGCCAACGUUCAGCCCGCACCGCCCUCCACGUUUCCGGAGCGGUCGACGGUCCAGGUAGCGCCGAAAAGGAAGCGCGUCUUCAGCAACAGAACUAAGACGGGCUGUAUGACUUGUCGCCGCCGGAAGAAGAAAUGCGACGAGCAACAUCCUGCCUGUAACAACUGCACUCGCGGGGGUUUUCUCUGCGAAGGCUACUCUACACGGACCCCGUGGCAGAAGCCUUCCAGUUCCAAGGCGCCCGUUCCUUUGCAGUCAAAAGAAGGGUAUCCCGAUCUGGGUGGUCAGUAUUUACAAGAAACAGCCCCACCGCACGACCGACAGCCCGCCAUGAUAGACCACACUGAGUCGCGGAAGAUGAAACCGAUUGUGCUGGAUGAAAGCGAGCGACCAGGCCAGCAGUAUAGCACCAGCCCCACCGGCACAGCACCCAGUCAUGCAUCAUGGACGAAACGCGCAUGGCCCGGACCAGGGCCCGGCCAUCACCCGUAUCUAUCAGACCCCGUCGCGAAACCCGAUUACCGAGAGAUCCCUCCGAUCCAUGAGCUUCCGCGGGAUGGUCCUCCAAAAGCCGAUUACCCGGUAGUUCCACCCAUUCGUGAACUCCCUCAUGGAUCCCAUCCAAGACCCAGCAUGCCUAUGUUUCAGCCGGGAGUCGAGCAUCGGCCCCUUCCCUCGGUGACGAUGGAUACAAACAGUCCACAGGCCCAGGCGAGGAUGGCCUUGGGGCUAGAAACCCCACUUUCCAACCGAAACGUCCCUCCUGCGGAUGAAACCGAGAAGGGAAAGAUGACCCGAGGAGAACUCUACCGUCCAUUCGAUAUCCAGCUGGUGGAGGAAAGGGAUCGAUGCAAGUGUGCUUUGUCGAGAUUCAAUAAUGCAUGCAAUCCAAUCUAUGGGCUCAGCUCGAAGGAGCAGAAUCGCCUGCUCAAGGAAGUCCUCGUUCCCCCAUCAAACUCGGUGAAUUCUCCACCGGGCCCUUCUGCGCCUCGUCUUGUCGGCUCUAUCGGGCAAGGAACGGUGGUUGAGUCUCCCUUUAGAUGCCACUAUGGAUGGAACAUCAAUCUCGAGGCGGAUGUCAUGGUGUCGGAGAAUUGCCUAUUUGUCGACGACGGUGCCAUCCAAAUCGGCUCCAAUACAUGGAUCGGCCCCAACGUUACCCUGCUCACUGCGUGUGCUUCCGACAAUCUGCAGCAUCGUCGGGGCCCCCAGACCCUUUAUCAAGCGAAGCCGAUCAUCAUCGAGCAGGACUGCUAUAUCGGUGCUGGGUCGACAAUUUUCCCCGGGGUGCGAAUCGGACGAGGCGCCGUUAUUGAAGCCGGUGAUAUGGUGAAGCGCGACGUGGCGCCUUACCAACUCACGAGAAACCGGCCAGGCUAUUAA